AUGGGGUGUUUACGGAGCCCCUUUUACGUGCCAGGGUCUCUGCCUCUCAGUGCAUCCUCAUGUAACUCGGCUGCACCCCUGAUCGCCCUUACACUGAGAGCUGGGUUCCUCCGGCAGCUGGCCUACAGUGAGGCACCUAGACUGCGGGAUGCCAAGCCGCUGACUGGCCAGGUUCUUCCAACAGGAACCUCAGAUGGGCUGACAGCCAAGGGCUAUCGAGUCUGGGACUUACCAUUCCCGCUGCUGCUGCCUCCGUUGCCGUCUGGUCCAGCGUCCAGUGCCGUCCAUCCCGACCUUCAGAGUGUGGCCGGGGCUGCCGCGGCCCCACCUGUGAGCGCCUCCAGCUGCGGUGAGGUAGGCCUGGCCGCUGCCUGCUGGCUACUGCGCAUUCCAGGUCCUCCGGGACGGGACGGCGCCAUCUUGGAUGAGCGGCCCAUUGCUCAGGACUUCUGGAUGCUGGACACUGGCGGGGGCUACCUGACGGUCAACAUUGAGCCUCUCCCACCCGUGGUGGCUGGAGACGCCGUGACCUUGAAGUGUAACUUCAAGACGGAUGGCCGCAUGCGUGAGAUCGUGUGGUACCGGGUGACAGAAGGCGGCACCAUCAAGCAGAAGAUCUUCACCUUCGACGCCAUGUUCUCCACCAACUACUCGCACAUGGAGAACUACCGCAAGCGGGAGGACCUGGUGUACCAGUCGACCGUGAGGCUGCCUGAGGUCCGCAUCUCAGACAACGGCCCCUACGAGUGCCACGUGGGCAUCUACGACCGCGCCACGAGGGAGAAGGUGGUCCUGGCAUCGGGCAACAUCUUCCUCAACGUCAUGGCCCCUCCCGCCUCUAUCGAAGUGGUGACCGCAGACUCCCCAGCCCCCUUCAGCCGCUACCAAGCCCAGAACUUCACGCUGGUCUGCAUCGUGUCUGGAGGGAAACCGGCACCCACGGUUUAUUUCAAGCGAGAUGGGGAACCCAUCGAUGCGGUGCUCCUCUCAGAACCGCCCGCUGCGAGCUCCGGGCCCCUCCAGGACAGCAGGCCCUUCCGCAGCCUCCUGCACCGUGACCUGGACGACACCAAGAUGCAGAGGUCACUGUCGCUGCUGGACGCCGAAGCCCGGGGCGGGCGACCCCACACGGAGCGCCCAUUGCGCGGCCUGACGCCAGACCCCGGCGUCCUCCUCCAGCCCACCACCGAGAACAUCCCAGAGACGGUGGUGAGCCGCGAGUUCCCCCGCUGGGUCCACAGCACGGAGCCCGUCUACUUCCUGCGCCACAGCCACACCCCGGGCAGCGACGGCACCGUGGAGGUGCGCGCCCUGCUCACCUGGACACUCAACCCACAGAUUGACAACGAGGCCCUCUUCAGCUGUGAGGUCAAGCACCCAGCGCUGUCGAUGCCCAUGCAGGCAGAGGUCACGCUGGUUGCCCCUAAAGGACCCAAAAUCAUGAUGACACCCAGCAGAGCCCGGGUCGGGGACACAGUGAGGAUUCUGGUCCACGGAUUCCAGAACGAAGUCUUCCCGGAGCCCGUGUUCACCUGGACGCGGGUCGGGAGCCGCCUCCUGGACGGCAGCGCGGAGUUCGGCGGGAAAGAGCUGGUGCUGGAGCGGGUGCCGGCCGAGCUCAACGGCUCCCUGUACCGGUGCACCGCCCAGAACCCGCUGGGCUCCACCGACACCCACACGCGGCUCAUCGUGUUCGAAAACCCAAAUAUCCCAAGAGGAACAGAGGACUCCAAUGGUUCCGCUUCUGGCCCUGCUGGCGUCCGGCUCACCUUGGUGCUCACCCUGACAGUGGUCCUGGAGCUGACGUGAAGGCCAGGCCCCACCCACCACCCCAUCGGCACUGACAUCUCCACGAUCGGUUUUCAUUUCUUUUCUAAACUAUUUCCAGUCUUGUUCUUAGUCUCCUUCCGUCUGUGUCUUGGCUUCUUCAGUCAGUUUAAUUAAAACAAACAGAACAAUUUUCCCCA